AUGACGUCACGCGAACGCGAAGUACUUUCACGCUUGCGCACAGACCAUCUUAAUAUGGAAGAGCGCAUUAACUUAGAGAAUCUGUGUCAAAAAUAUGCAGAUAUAUUUUAUAUUGACGGAGAGGCCUUGACUUUUACAAAUAAGAUUAAACACAAGAUUAGGACAUCUGAUGAGAUGCCGGUCUUCACAAAAAGUUAUCGUUACCCUUACAUACACCGCGACGAGGUCAGGGAUCAGAUAGGGAAAAUGCUAAGUCAGGGUAUAAUUAGACCAUCGGAAUCUGCCUGGAGCUCCCCUAUUUGGAUAGUACCAAAAAAACCUGAUGCUUCAGGAAAGACCAAAUGGCGUUUAGUCGUAGACUUUCGGAAAUUAAAUGAAAAAACUAUUGACGACAAAUAUCCGAUUCCCAACAUUAAUGACGUUUUGGAUAAGCUAGAAUAUACAGAUUGCUUUGAAAAAUGUAAAAACCUUUUAACUAAUGAUCCGAUUUUGCAAUACCCAAACUUUAAUAAGGAGUUCAUCUUAACUACCGAUGCUUCCAACGUAGCUUUAGGCGCUAUAUUAUCACAAGGCCCCGAAGGUGCAGACAAACAGAUUUGUUACGCUUCUCGCACGCUAAACGACAGUGAGUUAAAUUAUAGCACAAUAGAGAAGGAGCUCCUCGCGAUCGUUUGGGCAACCAAAUAUUUCCGGCCCUACCUUUUUGGCCGCAAAUUUAAAAUCAUUACCGACCAUAAGCCGCUUCAGUGGGUCAUGCAGCUAAAAGAACCUAAUGCGCGUCUAACUAGAUGGAAACUCAAGUUAUCCGAGUAUGAUUUCACUGUUAAGUAUAAAAGUGGUAAAUCGAACACUAACGCUGAUGCCCUUUCGCGCGUCGAGAUACAUAACGAGGAAACGGAUUCGAUGAUUGCUCUCGCGUCGGAACGACCGCCCUCUGUGGAAAAUUCGUCCACAGCAUCCGCACAUACCAGUAAGGAAAACCCCAUUCUCGAAGUUCCUAUUGUAGACCAGCCGCUUAACAAAUUCCAUAGGCAGAUUGUUAUCUCCGUGGUUGGUGACAUAAAGAAACGCCCCGUAGCUUCCAAGCCGUUUGACACCCAUAACAGAAUAGCUGUGCAAGUAUCUAAAUCAGACCUUGAGAAUGACGUUCACCUGCUGACACCGCUCACGCGUGCCGCCACCGGACGCAACGGAUCACCGCCGCUGACACAGCACCCCGAUUGA